ACAUCCAGACACCACAAACCCACAAGCUGGAAGUUUCAUCCGCAAUACCACCAAAAAAAUCAACACAUAAACGGGGGAAUUUUUCACUUUGUUACCGUUUCCUCCAAUCUAUCAACUCGAACUAACCACAACAAAAAUGGCUAAGACUACCCCAAAGCAAGUUAUCACCGCUGAGCAAGCCAACAAGGAGAAGCGUCAAGCUAUCUUUGAGAGAACUGCUGCUUACGAGAAGGAGUACUACGAGGCUGAGCGUGCUGUCAUCAACGCUAAGCGUGAGGCUAAGGCUGCUGGUUCUUACUACGUUGAGGCUCAACCAAAGCUCGUCUUUGUUGUCAGAAUCAAGGGUAUCAACAAGAUUGCUCCAAAGCCAAGAAAGGUUUUGCAAUUGUUGAGAUUGUUGCAAAUCAACGCUGGUGUCUUUGUCAAGCUCACCAAGGCUACCUCCGAGCUCUUGAAGCUUGUUGAGCCAUACGUUGCUUACGGUUACCCAUCCCUUUCUACCAUCAAGCAAUUGAUCUACAAGAGAGGUUACGGUAAGGUCAACAAGCAAAGAAUCCCAUUGUCUGAGAACGCCAUCAUCGAGGCUGCUCUUGGUCAAUUCGGUAUCGUCUCCAUUGAGGAUUUGAUCCACGAGAUCUACACCGUUGGUCCAAACUUCAAGCAAGCUAACAACUUCUUGUGGCCAUUCAAGUUGUCCAACCCAUCUGGUGGUUGGGGUGUCCCAAGAAAGUUCCAACACUUUAUCCAAGGUGGUUCUACUGGUAACAGAGAGGAGUUCAUCAACGCUCUCAUCAAGAAGCAAUUGUAAAGAGGUUAAUAACCCCCUUUGCUCUUCCUUCAAGCAGAGGUUUAAGCAUCCUCUUUCAUUCUUUAAUUAAUUGAUGUUAAUUUAUGAUCUGAAAAGGAGGUGUUUUCCUCUGUCU